AACUCCUUUGCACUGCACACACGCAAGAAGAGGAAACUGCAGCUGUUACUUAAAACACUGCCUUUUGAUGACCUGCUUUGCAUUUGGACACUUGUAGACCAGAUUUUUUUUGGCAAAGGUUCGGUGAGCCUCUGGACUCAACCUCGAAGACAGGGCAAGACUCACCUGAAGGUGGAUAUCCUUCCUGCAACUGUUCAUUCUAACAUAACAAAAACUAGUUCUUAUCACCACUACGUUCUCCAGCCGAAGCAGAUCAAGAGCAGGCUCCAAUUUCUGCACUGUGAAAUUGAAUCAGAGGGACGGAGAGGCAAUACAGCAGAGACAUUGUGUCCCUGCAAUUGAAACACUAACCAGCUGAAAAUAUCAAAGACCAUCCUGGACAAAGCGCUGCUCUCAAACCUCCCUUCUUUGUAUAAAAUUUGUUGUUGAAGUAGAAAGUGAUCAAAAGCCGCACAGCACUCAGAGAGGAGAGGGAGGCUAAGGACACCAUACACAAGGGAAAAGGAUUGUGUCAGGUGCCAGGGCUGCCAUGGUGCGUGGAGGUAGUGUGGCAGUAGCUCCAUCCUGCUGGGGCCUGUUUGGUGUCCUGCUGCUGGUGGUGCUGUGCUUGUCAGACCAGGCCAUUCGCUGCCCGGUGUGCUCUGAGGAGAGGCUGGCCAGCUGCCGUCUGCCGGAAGACUGCGAAGAGACGGUGCGAGAGCCUGGCUGCGGCUGGUGCCCCCCCUGUGCCCUGUCUAAAGGGGCGCACUGUGGCGUCUAUUCGCCCCGAUGUGGCACGGGGCUCCGCUGCUAUCCACCACGUGGCGUGGAGAAGCCACUGCACUUGCUGAUGCAUGGCCAGGGGGUGUGCAUCGAUGAGAGGGAGGUGGAGGAGAACUCAGCGCUAGACAAGCAGGACGAGAUCAUCCCUGAGCACCCGAACAACAGCAAUAUCCGGUGCAGUCCACAGGACAAGCGAUGCAUACAGAAGACCCUAGCCCGACACCCUCUGAAAUCCACAAAUCAGAGAAGCAACACUGCCAGGGAGGAGACCAAGGCGGCCCUGGCUCCAUGUCGAGCUGAGCUGCAGAGAGCAUUGGACAGACUGGCAUCAAAUACCCGCACACAUGAUGAUCUCUUCUCAAUCCCCAUACCCAACUGUGACAAGAACGGAGAUUUCCAUGCUAAACAGUGUCAUCCUGCACGUGACGGCCAGCGAGGAAAGUGUUGGUGUGUGGAUCAGAAGACGGGCAUGAGACUGCCAGGGCCGCUGGAGUUGCGAGGGGAUCUGGACUGCCACCAGUUAAUGACUGCCACACUGAGGGACUGAGGAGUGAGGACAGGCAGUGUGGGUGCAGGACCAGCUGAAAUCCACUGGUGCUUAUUAGUAGAACUACAUGAGGAAAGGACUUCACCCUAAAGCCUCACUUCACAUGAGGCCAACGGUACUUGAGCUUGCGCAACAAAAAAAAACCCAUUGAAUUGAGUUCUUUUGCUAUUUUGUUUCUGUGUGUGAGAGUAUGUGAUCUCUGAGUCUUUAGAGCACUUGCUGUGUAUUGUUUCUGCUAUGUGAACUGACAAUAGUCUUUAGACAUAUGCGCUUUAGGUGGCAGAAAACAAAAAACCUUCCACGGAUACCAGUUGUAGCUGUGAUCUUUGUGACUGAGCAAAAUGUGUUGUUUUCUCUAGUCCAACUUCAGUGUAAUAUUCUUGAAAAGUGACAAGAAAAUGCAUCAACCCCACCAGGUAAUCAAAGCUGAUGUAAAACAGUAACAUUAGCAUUUGUUUUAUUCUUUCUGGAGCACUAGUUCAGCUGGAAUUCCACUUGGAAUCACCAGGACAAUCCAGAACGAGUCCCCACUGCAAACUAGUUUUUCACACAGUAUGCAUAAUUCAUUGUAACAUAUGGUUCUUAUUUUACUGUCCUAAAUGUGGCAAACCACACCCAUCUGGAAAGCAGGUUAAAACAAAGCCAAGUUCAGUGACAACACAAAAGUAGCAAUAAAAGAUCAGAACAAUAGGUACAAUGAAAAAGAACCAGGACUAACAAAUGAAUGCAACAACUCAUUGGCUUGAGUUACCAAAUGAUAAGCUGUAGCUUUUCACAACAUGGACACCAAAGUGAAAACUGACAUUUGCUUAAAAAACGGUAUCUCUGAAAACCCACAGUGGAUUUUCUUCAUCCCCCUGUGGUUAACUCUUCUUCCCCCUUCCUUUACUGACGAGCUCUCUCUGACACUGUGUUACGCACAGACUAGCAGCCUCGCUGAGCUAGAAGCUCUGCACAUUGCUGAUAGGAUAAUCUCAUUUCUCUAGCUGGUGCUAAGAUGCCAGUAGGACUCUCGUGUUUGUAUGAAUAUGCUUCAAUAUAAAGGAUUUCUCUCCAUACAGACUGUUUGGCAGAUGUUUGGUGGUGCUAUUUAGAGAUCGUGCCAAAAUACAAAACAAACAAACAAAAAAAAGGCUUCUGCACUUUUUGGGCAUUAUUUAGGAUUGGAAUGGAAGACUGGGUUUUGAGGAUCGCUUAAACAUAAAUGCGUGACCGUCAGCAUAGCUACUAACAAAAGCUUCCCGUGUGUGUUUUCACGUUAUUGUAAAAAAUAUGAAAGGCACAUCCCAGGUUAGCUUUGCACUAUUCCUGCACCCGACUGGCUGAAUGUUUCAUCAGCCAGUGCUGUGAACUGCAGGCAUGAUGCAUUUUAAAUAUAUAAGCAAGCAGAGUGUAAUAACUUUCAAUGAUUAAGCUCCUGGCAGCCCUGCAACUUCUCACCAACAUGAAGCUUUGAAUGGAAGACUCUUGUGUAGCAUUAAAUAUAGCAUAAUGUUCGUGUGGACACCGGAAUCAUUUCUGUUAAUCUGGCAAUGCUAGUUAUCUGUUUUCAUACAGUGUCCUAGGGCAUCACACUAAUACUUAAAGUGUAUUACCAAUGCAAGUGACAUAGCUACUCAUUCAGUAUUUUAUAUACCAUAGACGAGGCUGGUGAUAUUCUUACAGCAAUCUGAUUGUACUGAUGCAGUGCAUUACUAGAAGCAGGUUUAAGCUAACACUGGUGUUUGUCAUCACCAGAUAUGGACACUUUAGUUAUUCUCGCCUCAAGAAAUUAUUCAUCUUGUGUGAAUGGAUGGUUGGUAUUGCUGUUGGUGUGUCUCUGGCAGUGUGUGCCAGGGUAGGAAUAUACUAGAGAGGAGGGACAAAGAGAGUGCAGUAAAUCCAGUGAUGGAGUCAGAUCACACACAACAGCAUUAUUAAUGUCAAGCUAAGAAAUCACUGGAGUGCAGUGAUACCAGAUAUGUUGAGAAUUAAAAACAAAUACAUAUUUACAGCUAUAGUCAUACAAUGGGUUAUUGGCUCUUGUUGUUUUCUGUGUCUCCAGACUCUGAUUUUUCCACAACAUCUGUUAAUCUUCAAAUAUGGUUAUUUGAACAUGACGCACUGACGGAAGGUUCAUUCUGCUCCACAAAGAAAUAAAAAAAAAGUGCCAUAAAAACUAUUAGUAGUAGUAUCUUCAUUAUAAUGGUGAUUUUUUUGCACACUACUCUAUGUUGAAUUUGGUCUAAUCUUUCUAAAAUACAUUUAGUUCAUGGAUAUAAACAGAGAAAAGAAAAAUAUCAAACUUUAGCGCUUCUCUAAUUUGCUUAUUGUAUGAGGUAAUGAAAUAUAAGUAACAGAUAACCUUCAGGUGUGAAAAGUAAUACUAUUUGUAUGCAUACAAAGUGUUGCUACAAAACUCACUUUAAAAUAUAAAUUAAAGAACAAAGAAAAACAUGAAAUUUAAUCUGAUCACUGAAGCCAGUGGUCACUUUAGAACCUUUGUUGGAAAUGGUGUAUUGUCACCCAAUGGCCAGUUUUAUUUGUCUAUAGACUAAAUGUAUACAAAUGUAUUUCACCAAAACACCAAUAGACAGAUAGUAUGGAUGGAGAAUCACCGAUAUAGCUUAAACUGACCAAAGGCCAAAUAUCAGAAAAAUGGUUCAAAGAUUAUGUCAUGUCCAGAGACGUCGAGACUCGUUUAGUAAACUGCAUGCACACCAUAAAAAAGUUCCACCAAAACCCCAUCUCCCCAUUCAUCAACUAAUCACGUGUUACUAAACACAUUCAAACAUGUCUCUGUUAAAUAGUCUUAAUCUUGACAGACAUAGCAACAUGGUUUAGGCUUUGAUUUUUAAAGGCCUUCUAACAACAUAAACUGUGUAUUUACGCUAUUACAUUGCUCGAUCUCUAACUUUGCUGUACUGAUCUGUAAUUGCAUUUCUGGAGAAUAGACUGUUCCUGUUUGCCUUUGAUAUUAUCUGUUAAUGUGUAUAACAUAUGAAGUAGUAUUUGCAUGCAUACAAAUGGACUGGGGUUGGAAACAGCUAAGGUCAUGUGUAUCUUGUCCACAGCAGGACCAUUAUACAUAAACACUGAGGUGAUCAAAGAACUGAAACAGAGUUAAUUCUGAUCUAAUGAUCAGUUACAUUGUAAAGGGUUACCAAAUGAAAAUGUACACAUUGUAAUACAACAAUUAAAACACUUCAGAAACUA